GACCUAAUAAAAGGAUCUGACCAAUCACAAUGAGACCGUUCAUCUUUUCCUUACCAGUACCUCUCAUCUCAGACACUCAACAGAGCUUCCAGCGUUUGUAAUUUCACUUCGAUGGCCAAGACCUUCAAAUACAUCAUCGUCGGUGGAGGAGUUGCCGCUGGUUAUGCGGCCAGGGAGUUUGCCAAACAGGGAGUUAAGCCAGGGGAGUUGGCUAUCAUAUCCAAGGAAGCGGUAGCACCUUAUGAACGUCCUGCUCUGAGCAAGGCUUACCUUUUUCCAGAGUCCCCUGCUAGACUUCCUGGGUUCCAUGUUUGUGUUGGAAGUGGAGGAGAAAGGUUGCUUCCUGAGUGGUACACUGAGAAAGGGAUAGAGUUAAUUCUUAGUACUGAAAUAGUUAAGGCAGACCUUGCUACAAAAUCACUGAUCAGUGCCUCAGGAGAAACAUUCAGUUAUCAGACUUUGAUUAUUGCAACUGGCUCAACAGUUAUAAGGCUGUCAGAUUUUGGUGUGGAAGGAGCUGAUGCGAAAAACAUCUUUUAUUUGAGAGAGAUUGACGAUGCUGACAAAUUGUACGAGGCAAUCAAGGCAAAGAAGAAUGGGAAAGCUGUGGUUGUUGGGGGAGGAUACAUUGGUCUGGAGCUUAGUGCAGUGUUGAAACUCAACAAUAUUGAUGUUACCAUGGUCUACCCGGAGCCUUGGUGUAUGCCACGACUUUUUACUGCUGAUAUAGCUGAAUUCUAUGAGGGGUAUUACGCAAAUAAGGGCAUCAAUAUUAUUAAAGGAACUGUUGCUGUUGGAUUCACUUCUAAUUCCGAUGGAGAGGUAAAAGAAGUCAAACUAAAGGAUGGCCGAGUCCUGGAAGCUGAUAUUGUUGUUGUUGGCGUUGGAGGAAGGCCACAAACAGCCUUAUUCAAAGGGCAGGUUGAAGAGGAUAAGGCUGGAAUUAAGACCGAUUCCUUCUUCAAAACUAAUCUUUCCGACGUAUACGCUGUUGGUGAUGUUGCCACUUUCCCCUUGAAAUUAUACGGUGAAUUGAGGAGAGUUGAACACGUUGAUCAUUCUCGAAAAUCAGCUGAACAGGCUGUGAAGGCCAUCAAGGCAGCUGAGGAUGGAAAAACAGUUGAGGAGUAUGAUUACCUUCCAUACUUCUAUUCCCGUGCAUUUGAUCUAUCAUGGCAAUUCUAUGGCGACAAUGUUGGUGACACAGUGCUAUUUGGAGACAACAAACCAACGUCAGCAAAGCCUAAGUUUGGGUCAUACUGGAUUAAAGAUGGGAAAGUUGUGGGGGCGUUUCUGGAGGGUGGAACUCCUGAAGAAAACAGUGCUAUUGCUAAAGUUGCUAGGGCCCAGCCUCCGGUUGCGGAUAUAGACCAGCUUGCUAAGGAAGGCCUUUCCUUUGCUAGUAAAAUAUAAUUGGUGUGUUAGGAAGGAAACGAUGCUUGGUGAUUUGCAUAGAUUGUAUUUGAACUAGCUUCGGUUUACCUUUGAUCAUGUAUUUCGGGAACUUUUUUCUUGUGUUUUUUUGUUUGAAAUGUGAUUGCCAGGGAUAUGUUUUACCGUAUCUCUAUUUCUUUUC